CCCAAAUUUCUCCAAAUCCCAAGUCCCAAAAAUCCCGUGGUUUUACGAUUCUUUUUUACAAAUUGCUCCGAUUCUUUAAAAAAAAAUUCAAUUAUUUUUUAUAGGGUUUUUGAUCGAUCUGAGAGAGGGAGGAUAUGGGUGUGGAAGGCAAUUCGAGCGAGUCACGACUCGGUGGCAAUGGAGGGGGAGAAGAGGAGGGAGUGAUGGUUAAUAUCCGCUGCUCGAACGGCACAAAAUUUACGGUGAGGACCAGCUUGGAAUCGAGCGUUGGAUCUUUCAAAGCUCUUUUGGCUCAGAAUUGCGAUAUCCCAGCUGAUCACCAACGAUUAAUUUAUAAAGGGCGAAUCUUGAAGGACGACCAAACCCUACAAAGUUAUGGUUUGCAAGCUGAUCAUACCGUUCACAUGGUUCGUGGUUUUGCCCCAUCUUCAUCUGCACCUCCUCCUGCAGCUACAACAAAUGUUGCAGGGGAUAAUAAUGCACCAGGGGUAACUCGGGGUAUUGGUUCGAAUGAAGGUGCUGGUCUGGGAGCAUCCUUAUUCCCCGGACUUGGUCCACUUGGUGGUGGUGGUGGUGGUGGAGGUUUUGGUUUGUUUGGAUCUGGACUUCCUGAAUUUGAACAAGUACAGCAACAAUUAACUCAGAAUCCCAACAUGAUGAGGGAAAUAAUGAAUACACCUGCUGUACAAAGUUUGAUGAAUAACCCGGAGUUGAUGCGCAGUUUGAUUAUGAGCAAUCCGCAAAUGCGUGAAAUUAUUGAUCGGAAUCCUGAACUUGGGCAUGUACUUAAUGAUCCUAGCAUUCUCCGGCAAACAUUGGAAGCUACAAGAAACCCUGAACUCAUGCGUGAAAUGAUGCGAAACACUGAUAGGGCUAUGAGUAAUAUUGAAGCCUCUCCUGAGGGAUUUAACAUGCUUAGGCGUAUGUAUGAAAAUGUUCAGGAGCCAUUUUUGAAUGCUACAACUAUGGGUGGGAAUACUGGAAAUAACCCUGGUUCAAACCCAUUUGCUGCUUUAUUGGGCAAUCAAGGUGGUCCUCAAGCUAGAAACUCAACUAUUAACACUUCUACGACUAAUUCUGAAACUGCUCAGGGGCAAACUUCCCCAAACACAAAUCCUCUCCCUAACCCUUGGAGCAACACUGUUGGUGGUGGGUCAGGGGGGACCCAGACCAAUGCUACUGCAAGGCCAAAUCCUACUGCGGAUGCCAGGACACCAGGUGUUGGUGGUCUGGGAAGCCUUGGACUUCCAGAUCUGCCUCCAAUGAUGAAUGGAAUGCCAGAUGCUUCUCAGUUGACUCAGUUAUUGCAAAACCCAGCAAUAUCACAGAUGAUGCAGAGCAUAAUGUCUAAUCCCCAGUAUAUGAAUCAGAUUAUGAAUCUCAACCCCCAACUACGUACUAUGUUUGAUUUGAAUCCUCAAUUGAGAGAGAUGAUGCAAAACCCAGAAGUACUUCGUCAGAUGUUUUCCCCUGAGACAAUGCAGCAAAUGCUAGCUUUACAACAGUCCCUUAUGUCUCUCAAUCGACAACAAGCAACCCAGGAUUCAGCACAGACCGGUGGUACUACAGCGGCACCAGGAGCUGCUAAUCUGGACUUGCUGAUGAAUAUGUUUGGCGGACUAGAUGCUGGUGGCCUGGGUGUCCCCAACCAACCUGAUGUUCCCCCAGAAGAACUGUAUGCUACACAAUUAUCGCAACUCCAAGAAAUGGGAUUCUACGAUACGCAAGAGAAUAUCAGAGCACUACGAGCUACUUCCGGAAAUGUCCAUGCUGCGGUCGAGAGACUUCUGGGAAACCCGGGGCAGUAAUUCCUUGAAAUUUCAUGCUGUCUUUAAAUUUGACCAAGAAACUCCCCCAUGUAAGAUUCCGUGCUUAAUAAGCAAGUAAACACGAAAAUAUUGUACCCGAGAACAG